UGGUAAAUAAGUACAUUUAGAUUUAUUUAUAAAUUUGCAAGAACUAGGAUAAACCCUGAACGGGCAGCUCAUUUAUUCAGAAACAGCUCCACAAACCGACCCAAACGCCACAGACUUUAGUGUCCUUGUUGUUUGAGAGUAGCUAAACAAACCUGUCAGGUGAGUGCUAUAAGGAGAAACUAAAUGUCCUGGAUGAGUUGCAGGCUGCAGGCCGGUCAGUGAAAACUGAUCCCAGAUCUGAAGGAGAUCCCCAUGUGGAGUGCAGAGGCACGUUUGGUCCUCGCAGAGAGUGUCAGGACCAAAUCCUGGCGAUCCUCAGUGUUGCUCACCGAAGCUGCUGUGGAAGGAAACUUUUAACGCAAAGUUGAUUUCUUGCCCUGGAAAUGAAGUGUUUUACAUGUGUUUGCUUUUUCUGGGGUCUCCUGACUGUAGCCGUGAUCCCCCUGUCUGUAGGAGAAAUGUACACGUCGCUGCUGAGCGUAAAGCAGGCGAUCAGUGUUGAACGGAAGCUAAUCGAUUACUUGAGGACUUAUAUUGACCACGAGUUGGAGAGGCUGGAGGACAUCAAACGCUUUUAUGCCAAAGUGUCUGACCUGCACUCUGAACUCUACAAAGGCCCAGAGACUGUGAUAGCAAACCCGCUGGUGGCAUUCACCCUGGUCAAGCGGCUGCAUUCAGAAUGGCUGAAUGUAGUCUACAGCAACGAAGCCCUGGAGAAUGCACAAGCCCUCAGGUCUAGUUACAAGGAGGAGGAGGCCGGACUGCCCACAUUGGAAGACCUCCAGGGGGCUGCCAAGGCAUUGAUGAGGCUGCAGGACGUGUACACUCUCCAAGUCGCAAGUCUCGUGAGGGGUCGUUUCCAGAGAGUCAGUAAUGGCAAUCCUAUUGAUAUCUACACGCCUGCAGUGUCUGUCCUAUUGUCUGGUGAUGACUGCUUUCUGGUUGGAAAGGUGGCCUAUGAGCAGGAAGACUACUACCACUCAGUGCCGUGGUUGGAGGAGUCGGUGCAUCUCUUCAGGAGAACAGGAGGCGAGUGGAACCUUGAGAAUGAAGGGAGUUUAGAGGAUGCUCUGGAUCACCUGGCCUUCUCUCACUUUAAAACAGGAAACGUCUCCUACGCUCUGAGCCUCUCUCAGGAGUUACUGCAUCAUGAUCCAGUGAAUGGGAGAGUUCUGCAGAAUGUUAAGAAAUAUGAGAAGCUGCUGGUUGCUGCUAGUCCACCCACGGGCGAUGGGUUGAGGAGACCCACCUCCAAGUAUUUAAGGACCAGGGACACUUAUGAAAGACUCUGCCAGACCCAAGGCUCUCAGCCAAUGCAUUUUGAAAACCCCCGACUGUUCUGUGACUACUUCUCUAAUGACAAUCCUGGUCUGCUCCUGCUGCCAGCGAAACGCGAAGUGCUGAGCCUACAGCCAUAUGUGGUCCUAUACCACAACUUCAUCACUGACACAGAGGCUGAAGACAUCAAGAGGGUUGCCCAGCCAGGAUUGAGAAGAUCUGUGGUGGCAGCUGGAGAGAAACAAGCAACAGCAGACUAUCGCAUCAGCAAGAGUGCAUGGAUGAAGGGUUCAGCACACUCUAUUGUUGGGAGGCUGGACCAGAGGAUCUCCAUGCUCACUGGUCUGAAUGUGAAGCAUCCGUAUGGCGAGUACCUCCAAGUGGUGAAUUAUGGGAUUGGCGGCCAUUAUGAGCCUCACUUUGACCAUGCUACAUCACCAACAAGUCCGGUGUUCAGGCUGAAAACUGGGAAUCGAGUGGCAACUUUCAUGAUAUAUCUCAGCUCUGUCGAGGCAGGUGGGUCCACAGCUUUUAUCUAUGCCAACUUCAGCAUUCCUGUUGUGGAGAAAGCUGCCAUCUUCUGGUGGAAUCUCCAUAGAAACGGUCAAGGAGACGUAGACACCCUGCAUGCUGGCUGCCCUGUGCUUUUUGGAGACAAAUGGGUGGCAAACAAAUGGAUCCAUGAGUAUGGACAAGAGUUCCAACAUCGCUGCAAUCUGAAUCCUGAAGAGUGAGAGGGGUGGAGCAUUAGUUGGUCCCCUUGGAAAUUGAGAGGCACGCUUGUGGGCGGAGACAAGAAACAGUCAGAAAGUGAAAACACAAGCAGUGGUGGUGAAAGAUGUGGAGGGGUUGCCUGCAUCUGUGACUGGAGCCUGGGCCCCAGGGAGCCUGGAGCAGACACUGCAGCAGUAAACAUGGAAGCUGAGAGAUGUCGUAGACAAGGAGUAGGGCAGUUGGAACUGGCCCCUGGAAGCCAAGUGCUCUCUUGCUCCCACUAGCCAGUUUCUGCAGAUGGAGAUAAUCCUCUGCCUUUGCACACAUACUGGUUUCAGUUAAGGGUGUUUACUGCCUUCUUCGUUUGAAAAGUACAUCUUAUGCAGCCCCUUUCCAAUGCUCAAGAAUCUGUCAUUACAAAUCAACACAAAUGAACGUAGCUGCAGAAGUUGAUAAAGAUUUCUAAUAUUCCAGGUUGAAUCACAGGGAAAUGUGUAAACAAUGACGCACAACACGUGUAGAAUUUCCUGUCUAAUGUAAUGUUGCAACCAGAAUUAAUUUGGUUGGGGGGGGGGUCCUGAAAAUUCAGUGCAAUCGAAAUGUAAAACUGCUUCCAUGAAGUGCCAGAACAAGCAGAGAACAUGUAACCUCAAUGUACACUGUGGAAAAAUUGUUUUAUGACUUAAAGGUGUGUUACAAGUGAUCAAGACAGACUGUUCAAUUAGCUCUUUAUAUAUUUCCUCCAUUUAUAUUGCACAUUCAUACAUUGCAGAUUAGAGAGAGAACAGAGAUUUAAUUGUUCUGUAUUUGAUCAUGUCAGAGCUCAGGAUUGCAGUUCAGACUGAUGUUAUGAGUCAAAUGGGACCCGUCAUUGUGAGUGUGCCUGUUUGUUCCCAGCUGGCUGAAUGAUGUGGUCAUCUCUGUCUGUGUGGAAGAAACUCACUUUGGUCUGACUGAUUGAAUGGAAAAGAUGAACCAGAUCUCUCAGCCUCUUACUAAGCUGCAUUAGUCAUCAUUAAUCAUGUUCAUCUCCACAUCAAGUUCAUGUCUGAACUCACAUAACCAGUGCCAUCUGCAUACCACUCAGACAUCUGUGUCUAAGUAGGUCAUAUCCCAGAGUUAGGCGGGACAUACACAGUAAUAAAAUUCAUUAGCUAGAAGCAGUUACAUGUCUCUCUAUAUGGAACUGUUUAGGGCAUCCUGCCACUUGAGUGCCAGUGAAAGUGAAAAGGAAUGAUGAAUAAUAACUUUGCUUACCCUCAGCAAUAUAAGCCUUCUUUCUAGCUCACCACAGUACAGACAAACAGAAACCAUCUCAAGGCACACACUAAUAUUCAAGGUGCAUUUUGCACAUUUUGGUUGCACACUAAACAGCAGGAGGUGACUGUUUCGAUGGUUUAGAAAAUCCAGCUUUUUUGCAGAUCUUUGAUCUUUUUCAUUUUAGUGAUAAUAUGAGAUUCAGACUAUCUAAAACCCCGUUAUCACUACAUGUGGACUUAAAAGGUUAAAAAACUAAAUGUUUGCAACUACUUUGGCUAUAUAGGAACAGCUACUAAUGAGAUCAGUUACUAGAAUUCAUUUUAUGUUAUAUCCAAAUUAUAAUUUUUUUUUCCCAUUUUAACCGAGGCAGCAGAGAUGAAUGCCUAUCUAGUCAAAUCUUUGAAACAAACAGAUAGAAAAACAAACUUACAGGAAACCAGAAAGGUCUUUUCAGAGGUGCAUCUUGAAAGUUGAAACACAAUCUUCAUAGUGUUACCAUGUUCACCAUAACAAACAUGGCUGCAGACUGACAAGUUACUAAAUCCGCAGUUUAAACUACAGUACCUUAAGCAUACGUGACCAUAUCCUCUGAUUCAAAACACUGUCAAGUACAUACAAUUGCAAAUUAAAUUAAUAUUGCCCAUUAGAAUGCAACAUUUUAAACACUUUGGGAACCUUCGUAACUUGUGAAAGGUUUUGAGUGUGCAGAGUUGAUACAAUCCUGACUCAUAAGCAGCCCAGCAGUAGAAAAGGUAAAAGAGAAAUACAGCAAAGAUGACUGCUUCCCUCUGCUGGAGAUGAUAAAGAAGGGUACAUGGAGCCAAUGAAACAUUAAAAUGUUUUUUUUUCACUUUAAUAAUAUAUGUGGGGUGAUUUUACUGUAACUAAAUUAGAGUUUUGAAGUAGUUUAUAUUGCUAUUAUAUUAUUGUGUGUGUGAUAAAUUCAUUAAAUUAAUCUUCCACAAUAAGUGCUACAGUGUGUGCAACUAUAAUUUUUUAAUUAAUUUGUGGAUACAUUAAUGGAAUUACACUCAUGUGU